AUGGCUCCUGACAGGCGAAAAUUCCCGCAGCUCGACUACUUUCAAUGGAACUUUCUGUUCGGAUUCGUCUACAUCGCCGCGCUGUUGGCUGUAGCCGUGGCCAUUGCCCACCCCCGCGAGAACACUGCGGUCCUCCUGGUCAGUCUUCCUCUACCGCUCUUGGCUUUUCAGAUUAGCAGUCAAUUGGUGUUUGGAUCAAUGCUGGUCUGUCUGCGCGCCAAAUAUCCGUUUCGUGUUUCGUCGAUGGCAAAAGGCGCCUUGGUUCGACCCGGGGUGUACACAAUUAUUGAAGACGUGGUCGCGGUUGAUGGAGGCCACGGGGUACAUUUCCGCCAGCUUAUGAAUGCUAGCUAUAUCUCCAACAAAGCGCUUCAGGCCCUUCUACAAUGGAUGGGCUGGGCCUGGGGCCUGUCGGGGCUGGGAGUGUCCAUCUUGCUCCUCGCCCUGAUUGGAAGCCUGGCGGACAAGGAAAUAUCAUACGUCCUCGGUGUGUUUUUCACCAAUCGCCCCUUCCUGAGAAAGGCCUGCGGUGUCGGGACUAGGACUCUAACUAGAGGUUCUAGGCUGGAGCGUACCAUGGGUAUGGGUGGCCGUUCUUACUGGGCUCACAUGCUUCGUGGUGAAAAAGGCCCCGACCUCCCAGGUCACAGUGAUUGCUUAGCAAAGCGAACCGUGUUCCUCAUUUCUGGGGGUGCGGGGGAUUCUACGGUCCUGUUGGUGAAGUCUAAAGAGCUUUGA